AUGGCUCAGACAGAUAAGCCAACAUGCAUCCCGCCGGAGCUGCCGAAGAUGCUGAAGGAGUUUGCCAAAGCCGCCAUUAGGGUGCAGCCGCAGGACCUCAUCCAGUGGGCAGCCGAUUAUUUUGAGGCCCUGUCCUGUGGAGAGAUGCCUCCGGUGAGAGAGCAGUCUGAGCAAGCUGCUUUGUGUAACUGGGCAGAGCUAACACCUGAGCUGUUAAAAGUCCUACAUUCUCAGGUUGCUGGCAGACUGAUCAUCCGUGCAGAGGAGCUGGCCCAGAUGUGGAAAGUGGUGAAUCUCCCAACAGAUCUGUUUAAUAGUGUGAUGAAUGUGGGUCGCUUCACGGAGGAGAUCGAGUGGCUGAAGUUUUUAGCCCUUGCUUGCAGUGCUCUGGGAGUUACUAUUACCAGAACUCUCAAGAUAGUGUGUGAGGUCUUAUCAUGUGACCAUAAUGGUGGGUCGCCCCGGAUCCCGUUCAGCACCUUCCAGUUUCUCUACACGUAUAUUGCCGAAGUGGAUGGGGAGAUCUCUGCAUCACACGUCAGCAGGAUGCUAAACUACAUGGAACAGGAAGUAAUUGGCCCUGAUGGUAUAAUCACAGUGAAUGACUUUACCCAAAACCCCAUGGUUCGGCUGGAGUAACAGCACAAUUUUGGCAAUUUUAAAGGAAGAUACAGAGAUGAUUGUACUUCAGAAUGACUGAAACCCAUAUG